GCGAUGACGGAUUCCAAGAAGAUUGUAUUGAAGUCUUCAGAUGAUGUUUUAUUCGAUAUGUAUGAAUCAAUCGCUGUUCAAUCGCAAACGCUCAAACACAUGAUUGAAGAUGAUUGUGCAAAUAAUACAAUUCCUAUUCCAAAUGUCAACAGCAAGAUUUUGGCUAAGGUUUUGGAGUUUUGUAAUAAACAUGGAGAGGCUAUUCUUAGGUCUGAGGAAUUCUCUUGUAAUCAAGAACUCAAGAUAUCUUUUGAAGAAGAACUCAAGAAAUUUGAUUCAGAAUUCUUGCAAGUGGAUCAGGGGACUCUGUUCGAUCUCAUUAUGGCUUCAAAUUACUUGGAGAUACAAGAACUAUUGGAUUUAGCUUGUGAGACUGUGGCAAGUAUGAUAAAGGGAAAGAAACCUGAGGAGAUAAGGAAAAUGUUUAACAUCAAGAAUGAUUUCACUACAGAGGAGGAAGAAGAACUUCUUAAGGAGAAUUCUUGGGCUUUUGAUCAAUAA